AGUUUUGACAUUUGUCAUGGCAAAAUGAGAAAAUACUGAAAACCAUUGGAAACUGUCAAGUGCCUGGCCAAUUCUCAAAUUCUAAAUCUAAAAAUGCGUCAAUAUAAUCUAUAAGAUCAAUAUCAUGCAUUAAUUAUGUCAAAAAUAAUUAUUACAAAUAAAAUCAACAAGACGCAUGCUCGUAAACUUUAAAUCAAUUUAUAAAUAACCUUUUAACACAUGUACGGUAUAGGUGCAUUGUUUAGUAAACGUGUAGUUAGUUCAUGUGAUGGUCGUUGUUACUCUACUAGUCGUAAUAAGAAAUUGUUCCAAUUUCUAGCAAAAAUGCCUAAAGAAACUGCGGCAAGAAUUGCAGUCGCACAGCGGCAAAGGCAGGUUAUUUCCAAAAAGUCUGAAAAGUACACUCCUAGUACAGUGUACCUUCAGGUGAUGGGUUCCGGUGCCCGUGGUGCCGCCAACACACUGUACUUAUUCACUGAUCAAAAAAGAUACCUAUUCAACUGUGGUGAAUGCACACAACGUCUCGCCCAUGAGCAUAAGGUGAAGCUGUCGCGUCUUGAGCAUGUCUUCAUCACCAGCAAGACUUGGCGGAAUAUCGGUGGCCUACCUGGACUGUCCCUGACAUUACAGGAUGUUGGAAUACCAAAAAUUACCCUGCAUGGACCUGAAGGAUUGGAUGAGUUGUACCAAGCCACAAGAAGAUUUGUUAUCAUGAAAGAGAUGAAUGUGAAGAUGGCACAAUGUAGUCCCAGUGAAGACUUUGAAGAUAAUGUCAUGACUGUGAAAUAUGUUUUACUAGGUCCACAUGACAGUAUUCUUCCAAAUGUUAACCAAGAUCUGAAACCAGCAGCAAAAAAACCUAAGUUAGACAAUAAUUCAGACAAAGAUUACGAAGAAUUUAUACACGACGACACAGAUUAUUACAAACCUGAGAUAAGGAACAUGGAAGCAAAGAGCAAGGGGGCCUCACCAGAAAAAUCUAAAUCAAAAUCAAGUUCAGAUAAAGAUAUGAAAAAAAAGACUGAAAAAGUUUUGUACGAUCUGCAAAAGAAAACAAAAUGCACUGUUGCAUACAUUUGCACAUUGAAGAAACGGUUAGGCACUCUGGACUUGGCCAAAUGUGUGGAGAGGGGUGUGAAGCCAGGCCCGCAGCUCGGUCAGCUCAAAAACGGACAAGAUGUGGUUUUGCCUGACGGCACUCUAGUGUUGUCGAAAGAUGUGAAAACCCCUGACGACCCUGGACCUGUGUUUAUAAUUAUCGAAGUCCCAGAGUUGUCAUAUUUAAAAGUGUCGGAAUUUGCGGCACACUUUGACAAUGGCGACAAUCCGCCGGAGAACAUACCAACGAUCAUCGUCCAUUACACACCACCUAAUGUAUUUAACCAUCCCACAUAUCGCGAGUUCAUGUCGAUGUUCGGCGCGAGCACGCGGCACCUGGUGCUGAACGCGCAGAACUCGUGCCUGGGCUCGGAGGCGGUGCACCGCUCGCAGCACAAGCUGCACCUGCUGGACGCGGACGUGUUCCCGCUGCUGCGCGACGCGUCCGUGCCCGCCGAGUGGAGCGCGCCUGCCAACUCCAAACACGAACACCUCAAGGGCCUUGACGAGUUGAAAAAUAAGAUUGCGCUCGCGCAGUUCCAGAACAUAAUAAACAUGGAGGGGUCGUGCAAGGGCGACGGCUCAGUGGCUUCAGACGAAGACCCUCACGCUAAACUCGAGAUCAUAUCUGCAAGGACGCUCACUAUGUUCCAGCUGAGGCCCAAAAAACAAUUGGACAGAUCAGCAGAACCAAAGCUGCACAUCCAAGAAUAUAUUGAAGAGACAAUGGACAUAGACGGGUUCGUGGGCAGCCUAGAGCAGUUCCGGCGAGUGGUGGAUGGCAUCAGGUACAAGGCCACCGCGCACCAGGAGUAUCCUAAGGUGGUAUUCCUUGGUACCGGCUCCUGCAUACCCAGUAAAACCAGAAAUACAAGCGCCAUUGCACUGCAGAUCGAUGAGAAUCGUUCAAUGCUGCUGGACUGUGGCGAGGGUACGUUUGGGCAGCUGGUGCGGUUCUUCGGGCCAAAGAAGGUGAACGCGUUCCUCAGGACGCUCACCGCCGUUUAUGUGUCACAUUUACACGCCGAUCAUCAUAUAGGUCUCAUCGGCAUCCUGCAAGCGCGCCGUGAAGCGUUCGAGGAAGUAUCCGCGGCGGACAAACCAGAUCCCUUGUAUUUACUGGCUCCAGGUCAAAUCAUGUCUUGGCUGUCGGUGUACGACCAACGUUUCGAGCGGAUACGACAAGAGUUCACUCUCAUACCCAACCAGGAAUUAUUAUACAAUGUAGGAAAAGUGUCCGAGGAGCUGACGAGCGCGGUGCUGGCGCGCAUCGGCGUGCAGGACGUGCGCACGUGCCUCGUGUCGCACUGUCCCAACGCGUUCGGCGUCGCCGUCUCCAUCGACAGCAAGUACAAGCUCACGUACUCCGGCGACACCAUACCCUGCGAGGAACUCGUAAAUCUAGGUAAGAACUCGACCCUACUGAUCCACGAGGCGACGAUGGAAGACCAGUUGGCAGAGGAGGCGCGGAUGAAGAUGCACUCGACGACGUCUCAAGCCAUCGAGAUUGGGCGCAGUAUGCACGCGCGGUACACCGUGCUCACGCACUUCAGCCAGCGAUACGCUCGCCUGCCGCGGCUCAACCACAACAUAUUGCACGACAACAACAGCGUCGGCAUCGCCUUCGACAACAUGCAGAUAUCAAUGAGUGACUUGGAGUUAUUGCCUCACAUGUACGCGCCACUACAGCUAUUGUUCGCCGAGCAUUGCAUGGAAAUGGAACAAAAGGCAGAAAAUCGCGAGAGGAAAAAGAACUUAACUGAUAAGAAUCCGACUUUGGUGGAAGAAGUGAAACAUAAGCGGCGCUGUAACCGAUCACCGAACCGAGGGAGCAAGUGCUCGUCCCCUUGCCACGAUGGUGGCUCCGCCCCGAACUCUUACGUCAAUUACAGGGAGAGUAAUGCCUCCAGACUAAGACAAGAACUUAAAGGAAUGACCGUAUCUGGAAUUGUGAGACCACGUAGCAAAUCAUCGUCACCAACAAAAAUAUCUACAAGAUCACUAAGCGAAAGCGCUACAUCCAAGCUGCGGCGUGAAACUUCGCCAGAAAAACCAUGCGUGCAGGCAGCUGUGGAAGUGAUCCCAACAUCUCGUACUAUCAGCGAGUGUUCCAACUCGAGUCGAGACGCCAGACCAGCAGAUCGACUCAAACUGAUCAAGAAGAAUUCGACUAGUCAUGUAAUUGAUACUCGUUCUAGAACACUAAAUAGCGCUGCUCCCAUUCCGAAGAACGGAGAAAUAUUGGAUAUUGUGACGAAAAACAUCAAAAAGAAGGCUUCUAUUGCGCCAUCAACCCCGCCAAGUCGGCCGAAUUCGGGUUACGGGAAGCCAUUGGUGACUCCCGUGAAUAGGAAAUUGACAGUCAGGCGAGAAUCGCCACCUCAACGGCAGAUAGUGGCGCAUGUCACUGCAGAAAAAGUAUCUCCAGUCCUUCGGUCAAAAUCUCCGGUUAAACCGUUAAAAGGAGACAUCAAAGAGUCAUCACCUUCGAAUACUUCAAAGAAGAGUGAUAUCAACAGAAUUAGACAACCUACGAAGGCUCCGGCCUCUGGAAACAAGUUGCGCGGAACUCAUGACACUAAUGCCAAACUAGAGGUUAAAUUACCCACGAGAAGCAAUGCCGCUAACAAAAAUAACAUCAGUUCUUCACACAAUAAAAACGUAAACAUACCUAAGCACGAGUUCCGUCCAGGUGCCAGAAGCUGGAAUCAAGAGCCUGUACGUAAAGUAUCUGCACCACUCCAAGAAUUAAAUGGAAAGUGUAAAAAUUUCUAUAUCAGCCCUUCAAAUGGUAGACCAAAUUCCGCCAUACAUAGUAACAAAAGCUUUAAGCCGCAAUUAGAAGAUAUAAAAAGCUCUUAUCUGCUGCUUAAUAAGAAAAGUCGAGAUAAAACAAAACAUUUCUCUGCAAAUGAAAAGCCAGAUUUAUUGUGCAUAUCCAAACCAGAAGCAUUUAGUGAACAUCAGAGACGGGAACAGUUGUCAGAAGCAAGAAAGAAGUUCCAGAGUAAACAGUUUUGGAAUGAUGCAAAAUAUGACAAAAUUGAAGGUUUGAACUGGAUUUCAUGGAAUUAAACACCACUUACAACAUUUAUCCGUAAUUUAUUGAAUUUAACUUUGACAAUAACAUUACAGAGUAGUGUCUAUUUUGAAGUUUACAAGCAUAAUGUAUCUAUUAAAAAAAUUGGAAAAGAA